GAUCCUCUGCCAGUGAUGGUUUUCUUCCAUGGCGGAGGAUUCAUGAGUGGAGACGGAGGAAAAACCUUAUACGGUCCAGAUUAUCUUCUGGAUCAAGACGUUAUUUUGGUUUCUGGGAAUUAUCGCCUGGGAAUCUUUGGUUUUCUCAGCACAAACACUCUCGAUUGCCCAGGAAACUUCGGUAUGAAGGAUCAAGUUGAGAUCCUCAAAUGGGUGCAGAAGAAUAUCGGUCAAUUUGGAGGCGAUAAGGAUUCUGUGACGAUCUUUGGUGAAAGCGCUGGAGGCGCAAGUGUGACUUAUCACACAAUUUCUCCGCUGUCAAAAGGACUCUUUCAUCGCGCAAUUCCUCAAAGUGGCACUCAUCUUUCUCUGUGGGCCAAGAGAGAUGGAGAAAUAAUCUUCAGAAAUGCAAGGAAAUUUGCUAGUCUUGUGAAAUGUCCGGCAGACAGAGAAAAUGCGAAGGAAAUGAUUGAGUGUCUUCGCAAUUUAUCGGCAAAGGAAAUUAUGUCGCAUUUCUAUGAAGUCUUCAAGUGGGAUAUUUUCCCUAUUUGCUAUUGGGUUCCUGUUGUUGAACCGGAAAGUGAAAAUGCAUUUCUCACUGAAGAUCCUGCGAAACUAUCAGGAGGAGAUGACAUUCCGUUCUUGAUUGGAAUCACGUCAAACGAAGGAAUCUUUAUAAGUGUUGCACUUUUGAGGGAUCAAAAACUCAUUGAGCAUCUUAAACGGGAAAUUAAACAUCUUUUGCCAGACUUGAUGUCCUAUCAAGACUACAAUGAAGUCACAAGAAAUACUUUAACAAAUAUGAUAAGCGAAUUUUACUUCCAGAAUCAUGAAGUGGAUUUGAGAGACUCAGAAAUGCUUCAAAAUUUCACAGACUCAAUGUCUGACGCAUAUUUCUUAAACGCAGUGAGUCGAAUUCUAAGACAACGAUCACCGGAAAGUCUCUCUUCGAACACAUUCUUGUAUCUCUUCAAUCACAUGGGCGAAAAUAGUUUUUCAGAACUGUUCUUAGAAGAUUCUCAAACUCAAUUUGGAGUUUCACACAUGGAUGAUUUGAUAUAUUUGUUCCCUGUUGUCAAGGAACAUUUCUUCAAAGGAAUUCCAACAGAAACUGAUGAUUUCAUCCGUAAAACGAUGGUUUCUUUGUGGGUGAAUUUUGCCAAAUUCGGAAACCCAACUCCGAAAUCCGACGAUUCUUCGCUGCCGGAAUGGAAAGUCGCCGGAAGUUUUCCGUACGAUUUCUUGAGGAUCGGAAAUUAUCACCAAAGCGACGCUCCGAUCAUCGCCAUGGAAAACGGAUUGUACGAGAAAAGAGUGCUUUUCUGGAAGAAAAUUGCCUCAGUUUUGACUGAAGCUCAAAUGGAUGUUGAUUAAAAAUAUCACCUAAAGUUUUUGCCACGGAAUGCUUGAUGAUUAUGCGAAACAGAGUUGCAAACAUUCGAAAUUUAAACAUUGAUAUGAAGUGAAAAUAAAAGAC